UCAGAUCCUAUUUCGGUAUUUGCUUGAUUUGUGAUUUUGAGUUAUUUUACUGCUGUAAGCACUUUGGAUUAGCGUUUCGUUAGUUUUCUUUGUCUCAACAAAUGGCAGACAAUAAGAAUGUUAUUUCUGAUGUGAUUCCGGUGAUGACUAAGAUCACGGAACACAAACUUAAUGGUUCAAAUUACCUGGAGUGGAGUAAGACUGUUAGGGUCUAUUUGUGUAGCAUUGAUAAGAAUGAUCACCUUACUAAAGAUCUACCUACGGAUGAUACACGACAAACUUGGAUAAAGGAGGAUGCUCGGUUGGUUUUGCAGCUUCGGAACUCGAUUCACAGUGAGGUAAUUAGUUUAAUUAAUCUCUGUGAAUUUGUUAAGGAAUUGAUGGAUUACUUAGAUUUUCUGUAUUCUGGUAAAGGGAAUAUCUCUCGUAUUUAUGAUGUUUAUAAGGCAUUCGACCGUGCUGAGAAAGAGAAUAAGUCUCUCACAACUUAUUUUAUGGAUUUUAAACGGGUAUAUGAGGAACUUAAUGUAUUGUUGCCUUUUAGUCCUGAUGUGAACGUUCAGCAGGCCCAACGGGAGCAACUGGCUGUUAUGACUUUUCUUGCAAGCCUUCCUUCAGAGUAUGAGACUGCUAAAUCUCAGAUUCUCUCCAGUUCUGAGAUUUUCUCUUUGCAUGAAACCUUCACACGAGUCCUUCGUACAGAGAGUACCCAAUCUUUACAGCCUGCCAGUAGUGCUCUUAUUAGCCGUAAUCCAAAUGGAUAACAGGGUAAUAGAAGAGGAAAUAGAAGAAGAAGUAGAGGAGGAAUUACAGGCAAUAGAAGUAAUUAACGUAAUGGAGAGGCUAGUUCUAAUCAGGACUCAAGAGGAGUCAUUUGGUAUUAUUGCCAUGAGCCUGGCCAUACAAAAUAUAAUUGUCCACAAUUUCAGAGGAAAAAUUAGUGAUCACAAAUGGCAAAUAUGGCGGCAGAGGAUUCUACAGUAUCUUCCUCUUGAGAAAACUAUUUUGAUAUCUGCAGAGGAUUUUGCACAGUUUUCCCAGUAUCAGACAUCUCUAAAGCCUACCAGUUUCCCUGUCACUGCGAUCGCUGAGUCAGGUAAAUACACUAUAUGCCUUGUGUCUUCCUCAUUCAAAUGGGUUAUUGAUUCUGGUGCGACAGAUCACAUGACAGGAUUUUAUGACGAAGCAGAUUAUUGAUAGAGGAUGUGAGUCAGGUGGUCUCUACAUUCUGGAAAAUCAUGUACUGCGGUCGCUUGUUUGCUCUAGUACCUUAACACCUCUUGAAGCUCAUUGUAGAUUGGGCCAUCAUUCUUUGUCUACAAUGAAGAAGCUGUGUCCUCAGUUUCAGUCUUUAUCAGUACUAGAAUGUGAGUCGUGUCAGUUUGCAAAAUAUCAUCGUUUGCCUUCUGUGUCUAGAGUCAAUAAACGAGCUUCAUCCCCUUUUGAGUUAGUUCAUUCUGAUGUUUGGAGUCCUUGUUCUGUUAUUUCUAAAACUGGAUUUCGUUAUUUUGUUACUUUUGUUGAUGAUUACUUUCGUGUUACCUGGUUAUAUUUAAUGAAGAAUCAUUCUGAGUUGUUUUCUA